AUGAUCAUAUUCUAUUAUAGAGAUUGCGAGGAGGCGGCAAGACUUGCACAAUUGGAUGGAGGAACUUUCGAUGCGCAAUACCAAAUCACGGUUUUCGUUUGUGUGAAUACCCAAUCCGGUCGGGUUGUUCCCGAGCGAAUGUGCGCAGAUCGAGAAAAACCAAAAAUCCAGCGAAAAGAGUGUCCACUGCUCGUCUGUCCAUCAAGAUGGCUUGCGUCGGAUUGGUCGGAAUGUGUUCCGACGUGCGGAAGUGGUUUGAGACAAAGGACUGUUUAUUGUGUACAGCAACAAGAGAAUCAUUCAAUCAAUGUACUCGAUAAAUAUUGUUUGGCUGAAAAGAAGCCGCCCUCAUCAGAAUCAUGUGUCUCAAAAUCAUGUGGUACAUGGGAUCCAGGUGAAUUGUGUCGGUGGCACCGAUUG